AACGGCAAACAAUUGCAGCUUUGCUACGCGUCUUCCCACGACCAAUUCCGGUGUUCUAUACCCGACGACCGCCGCCAUGCCGCGAACAGCAGCUCUCUCCUCCUUCAUCUCCAGCGCCCCGCCGGGUGAGCUCACCGAAGUAACCAAGGCGAUCAAGUCUAUUCUGGGCGACGACUCGGUAGCCAACGAACUCUCGCCUGCGUUCCAAAAGUACAAUGAGGAGCAGUUCACGACCACGAAGCUACCCGGCGGAGCCACCGAGGUGCUAGUCAGCGAACAUAACUCAUUGGGCGACGGACGAUACUACGACAUUGAAACCCAAAGCUCUUUUGACUUUGACCAUGCGACCGGCAAAGCGAGUGCAGUACAGAGCUACGUUCUCGAGAGUGAACAGGCAGACUUGGUCAAAAGCCUAAACAAAGCCCUCGCAACUCACGCCUCAGAACACUACCCCCGCUCCUCGCACGGCGUCUACCCCGUUCCCAGCUCCCCCUCCUCUCUCGCCAUCCUCACAGUCGCAAACAAGUACUCGCCCACAAACUACUGGAACGGCCGCUGGCGCAGCUCCUACAUCUACGACACCACCUCUGGCUCCAUCACGGGCGCCAUAAAAGUCGACGUGCACUAUUACGAAGACGGCAACGUCAGGCUGCUUACCACCAAAGAGGUUAAUGUGUCUGUGGGGGCUGGUGCGGGCGCAGCAGAGGUUAUGCGCAAGGUUGCGGCCGAGGAGAAGAAGUAUCAGGAGGAUUUGAAUAAGGCGUUUGCGAGCUUGAGUGAGGGCGCUUUCAAGGCGCUCAGGAGGCAGUUGCCGAUUACCAGGCAGAAGAUUGAGUGGGAGAAGAUUAGUGGGUAUCGGCUGGGGCAGGACAUUGGGGGUGGAAGGAGAUGA